UCUUUGGUAGCCAAACGCCUUUUGGUUCACAGUCGGUAUUCGGUGGUGGAACCGCAUCUUCAGCCAAUGUUUUUGGUGGGUCUGCAGCUAAUGCAGGUACUACGAGUUUUGGAGCAAUAGCUGCUCAGGGCGCCAAUGUUUUCGGUGGGGCGAGCACUACCAAUCCCGGAACCAAUGUAUUUGCCGAGGCUUCUGCUACUCCUAAUGCGUCACUCUUUAGUCAACAGCCCGUAACCGCUACAGUGUCACCCUUCAGUCAGCAAGCUCAGCCUAUUGCAGCAUCACCUUUUGCUCAGCAGCCAACGUCCACAGCUGCUACUCCCUUUGGUACUGCUGCAACAUCGGUGUUCGCUGCGCCAGCAUCAACGAAUUCAAAUGUUUUUGGUCCUCCUUCUUCUUUUGGCUUUGUGUCACCUGCAACACAUACUACCAAUGUAUUUGGAGCGGCAGCAGCACCUACGACUACUCAGUCACUUUUUAGUUCGAGUCCUUUCGGCACCGCUCAGCCAAACAGCUCAGUGUUUGGAGCCUCGCCAACAAUAACAAACGCAAGCAAUUCCAGUAGUAAUAUUUUCAUGGCAAAGCCACAACAAAACACUUCCUCACCCUUUGGAACGACCUCAUCAACGCAGACAGGUCCAUUUGGUAAUUUCACUGCCAAGCCAAGCCUGGGACUUGCUGUGUCGAUAACAAUUGACGACACAGCUUACAGCCAAGAAGAGAAUCUUACGGACGAAGAAAAGGCUGCGUUUCAGUUGGCUCAGUUCGUUAAGGGACAAAUUCCGCUUAAACCUCCGACCAAAGCUUUGUGCUAAGCACCAUCAACAUAGAUAACAAGCAUUUUAGAAGUACUUCUGAUCAUCAACUAAUAACAGAUUUCUUUUUCAAAGAUUACAAUGGACACUUAGUACUAAUAGAAAGUGUAAAUACGUGAAGACAGAUGUACAAAGGUAAAUUAAAAUACGGAUUAAUCGUUGUUAUGUUACGUACUUAGACAAAAUUAAGUUGGAUAGCUUUAAGUUUUAUCUCGAUCAUUUUUAAUAAAAUAAUGGCGCAACUUGAUAAAUUUUAAGUUUGUAAAAUAUUUUAAAAGUCCAACUUGUG